AUGGCACAGAAGUUCACUUUCCUUAGUGAUCCUUGCCUGGUGUAUUUGUCUGAUCCCACUACGUCAUCGCACCGCGCCGGAAGCGCGGCGAUGCGGGGUCGGCUCCUUCGCGCCUGGCGCGAGGGGGUGAAGGCGGCGCGCGGGGCCGCGGGGGCGCCGCCAUGGCGGGUGCUCUUCUUCGGCACCGACCGCUUCGCCGUCACCUCCCUCAGAGCCCUGCAGGCGGCCAGGGAGCCCAGCGAGGACUCAGUUGUAUCCCGGCUGGAGGUGGUGACCCUGUCUUCCCGCUUGCCUGGGGACCUGCCUGUGAAGAGCUGUGCCCGGGAGCUCCAGCUGCCAGUUCAUGAGUGGCCAGACACGGGACCUGUGGGGCAGUUUGAUGUGGGUGUGGUGGCAUCAUUUGGACGUCUCCUAAGUGAGGACCUUAUUCUGCAGUUCCCAUAUGGUGUGCUGAAUGUCCACCCCAGCUGCCUCCCGCGAUGGCGUGGCCCUGCACCGAUAGUCCACACAGUGCUUCAUGGUGACAAAGUGACCGGGGUGACAAUUAUGGAAAUAAGACCAAAAAGGUUUGAUGUAGGUCCAAUUAUUAAGCAAGAAGAAUUUGCUGUUCCUCCCAACUGCACUGCAAAGGAACUGGAAGUGAUGUUGUCAAAGAUGGGUGCAAACAUGCUGAUAGCAGUUUUGAAAAACUUGCCUGAAAGCUUAAAACAUAAAAAAGAGCAGCCAACAGAAGGAGUAACAUUUGCUCCUAAAAUAUCUAUAGCUAAGAGUUGUAUAAAAUGGGAAGAGCAAACGGCUGCACAAAUAAUUCGACUGCAUCGUGCCAUAGGAAGUAUGUUUCCUUUACAGACACUCUGGAAGGGUAGUACUGUUAAACUUCUGGAUUUUGUGGAAGUGGAUAAUAUCCCUGGGAUUGCUGAUCAAAUAUUAAAUGGCCAUGGAGCUGUUCCUGGCUCACUGCUAUAUCAUAAACCAUCACAAACACUAGUAGCUCGUUGCAAGGAAGGCUGGGUUGGAAUCAAAACAGUCGUAUUAAAGAAGAAGCUUACAGCAGUUGACUUCUACAAUGGAUACAUGCAUUCUUGGUUCCAGCAGAACCCGAGAACAGUUCAUCAGGAAUGCAGAUUUCAAACACUCAAACUUAGCACAUCAAAAAAGACUCUGAAAGAGAGGGAAAUAUUGGCGCAGGAUAUAAAACAGUAGAUGUAUUUUAAAAUGUGGAAGAAGUUGCCUUUAAGUUAAUAUGAAAUAUUUCCUUGCCCACCUAUAACAUUCAACUCAGUUAAGGGGUUUCCUCCCAAAGCGUUUGAUCUUACUGACAUCUGCUUGUUUUCGUUGUGGGUUCUGGACAAUUAUCUUUUCUCUUUCCACAAGGAAGAGAAUCUCUGUGAUUGCUGAAGACAGGGAAUAAAUCCCUGUUUCCACUGUUGAGUAAUAAAUUUAUUUUUAUACAAUG